AUGUCUGAAACCAACAACAUUCGGCCGUACAUAAUGCCUGCCCUCAGAGAGACCCCCUCAUCACAGCUUGCUGUGCAGCGUCGACCUCUCCCUUCGUCAGCGCCUAAGCGCACUGCAUCCCAGAUGGACGAGGAUGCUAACACUGAGGGUCCCAGUACUCCACCUCGGAGAAUUGCCCGCAGGAAUACGCGGGGAAAGAAGACAGCCCCAAAGUCCAGGUCGAAGCGGGACAACGACGGGAAAAAACAAUCGCCAAGCCCAUCAAUCCCGUCACCGGCCGCUCCUACAGAGUACGCCGUUGCGACUCAUUUUACAAUCAUCCCCGGACACGGGUGCAUCUACUAUGCGGAGGAUAGUCCUCCGCUUUUUGUGCCCAGCACAAUGAUGCACAUGCACCAGGCCUCAGUUGCGCAUCCCUGUCACUGCCAUCAGCUGCAGGCCGCGAGCAUUGCUCAAAUGCAAGGCAUGCAUAUGCCCUCUAUCGGUGCCCCGGGACCCGGACAUAGUGUAGGGCUAGGGUGGAACGAGAAUGCUUGGAGCUAUGUGCCGGGACUUGACGUAGGAGACCUCUCACAGAUGCAUGGGAACUUGAACUUCAGCCACAGUGGUUGA